GAUACACUACGAAGUGACGGUGUUCGACGCUCAAAAGACGUAUCACAAUUCUCCCUCAACAAACUAAAAGAAAUUUCUUGAAAAUGGAAGGAAAACCAAUGGACAACGUGCUCCCGGACGGUAAGGUCGGAAGUUGCUCGGCUUGUACUGCACCGGACAACGAUGGAAUGGUCCAAUGUGAUCACUGUGACACUUGGUGGCACUAUGCGUGCGUAGGCGUUGGAGAAAGCAUCAGUGAACGUAGUUUCACGUGCCCGGCGUGCCAAAAGGCUACGGUUAUGGAUUCGAGACCCGAGCCUGCUACUCCUAGGGGAGAGACGAUCGUACCAACAAGAGCUUUGACCCACAAUUCGAUAACGUCAUCUAAAACCAGAGCUCGGUUAACCCUUCAACGACUCGAGGCGGAAAAAACGCUGCGUGAAAAGCAGCUCGAUUUCGAACGUCGAGAUGAUGCAAGGCGACGCGAGCAGGAACGUCUGGAAAAAGAGGCUCAAUUCGAACGACGACAACUUCAACUGGAGGAAGAAUUUAUGAAAAAGAAGCUACAGGCACUGGAGGACGAGGAAGACGCCGUAAGUGAAACCAGGAGUAGGAAAUCCGCUCAAAGUGGGAUAAAUAAGGUAGAAGAGUGGCGCAAGGGACUACCUCCGUUGGGUUUCCAAUCCACUUUGCGAGAGCCAAGAAGUCAGGAGCUAGCUAAUAAAGCUGAACCGAGAGGUAGAUUAGCACACACAGCAAACAAUAGGGUCUCUGAAUUGUCAAAGUUUUUCCAAAGUAAAGUUCCUGUACACGCCAAUAGCUGGUCCAAUCAAAUGGAAAUAAACAGAUCAGGACGAAAGAUAGGUCCCUCAGAAUUGAACAAAGACGAAAGUCAAAUUGUAGAGCAAUUUAAAAAUAUUUCCUUUGUUCCGCCAAAUGGGCGAGGUUUCAACUAUCCAUCGGAGUUAUCUCCCAAUCGCGCGGAAAGCUUUUCCGGUUUGUCAAAAGUGGCAUGGGCUAAUGCCAGCACUUCAGCGGCUGUGUAUGACGGCAACCCGCAAUAUGGAUCAAUUGGUGGUGCACCUGCUACCCGUGUUGACGAAGGUGGAAGUGUUAAUGGUGCGAAUGGACCGAUAAGUUUUGAAGUGUGCCCUACGAAGAAGCAGUUAUUAUCUCGACAAAUAUUGACGAAAGAUUUGCCGAUUUUUAGCGGGAAUCCCGAAGAUUGGCCGCUCUUCAUUCGUACUUUCCGUAUGACUUCAGAAGCCUGUGGAUUCGACGACACAGAAAAUCUUAUGAGACUACAACGAUGUCUAAAAGGUUCCGCCUAUGAAGCAGUAUGCAGUCGACUCAUGAUGCCAGACGCAGUACCCUCGAUCAUCAGUACGCUAGAGACUCUUUAUGGUAAACCAGAGAUUUUGAUCUAUAGGUUGCUACAGAAAGCUAAGCAAGUGCCUGCCCCAAGAGCCGAUAAACUGGAAACAUUAGUCAACUUCGGGUUAGCUGUUCAAAAUCUAUGCUGUCACCUGGCACUAGCGGAUCAACAUCUGAACAACCCAACGUUACUGUUUGAAUUGGUUGAGAAGCUGCCACCAAAUUUUCAAAUGGAAUGGGGCAUGUAUAUUGAAAAAGUAGGGACAGCCGACUUACCGACUUUCUGCACAUAUUUGGGCGGCAUCGUAAAAGGCAUUUCCAAUGUGUCGGUAAAUCGUGACAAUAUGAGCUCCAAACCUAUUCAGAGAACCGGACGAAAGGAUAAAAUGAGGGAGCAGAAUUUCUUCGGUGCGCAUGCUGAGGUGGAAUCCGAUUCAGAAUCAGAAGAAGUCGUUGAUAUGAGGACAUCCGCUGGUGCUGUUAUGUCCCACGUCUCGAAUAAUCGUAUCGCUGACCACCAAAUGAAGGUUGAGGUUGAACGAGUAAGGAAAAACGUUAUUCCAGUUUGCUUUAUCUGUCGGGACCCUGAGCAUAGAGUCAAAAAUUGCCCGAAAUUCGUGGAACUGAACGUCGCUGAUAGGUGGAGGAAGGUAAGGGAGCUUAAUAUGUGCAGUAGCUGUCUCAAUUGCCACGGAAGCAGACCGUGUAAGGCUGCGAAGCAGUGUGGGAUCGAUGAGUGUAAACAAAAACACCAUCCUUCACUGCACGAAAAACCGAAUGACGGAUCAGAACCCAAGGCGACUGGAGCAGUUGCAAACCAUCAUCAUGCGGAGCAUACGACGUUGUUCCGAAUCAUACCGGUAACGUUGUUCGGAAAUGGACGAUCUGUAGAGGUGUUUGCAUUUUUGGAUGAAGGAUCUUCGUUGACGCUGGUAGAAGAGGAAGUCGUUAAACAGCUAGAGGUAGAAGGAGAAAAAGCACCGCUAUGUCUACAAUGGACCGCAAAUAUACGACGGAACGAAAAGAAUUCUAAACGAGUCUCAUUAGAUAUAUGUGGCAACUCUAAUCCAGGACAACAUUACAAAUUGAAGGAGGUUAGGACGGUGAAGUGUUUAAACCUGCCCAAGCAGACCAUCCGGGGACAGGAGUUGAUUCAAAAGUACCCACAUCUUCAAGGAUUACCGAUUCAGAGUUACAAGAACGCCAUACCGAAGAUUCUGAUCGGUAAUGAUAAUCUGUACGUAGCGGCAACGCAAAAAAUUCGAGAAGGAGCAAUAGGGGAUCCGAUAGCAGCAAAAUGUCGCCUGGGAUGGACGGUUUAUGGAGCAUCGGAAUUCGGAUCGUCCGAAGCUGGAUUUUUUCAUAUGUGCGAAUGUGAGCAGAGUAAAUCCUUACACGAGUUGGUCGAACAAUACCUUAGGAUUGAUUCCCUGGGAAUAACCGCAACAGAACAUCUGGAAUCACGAGAAAAUCAACGAGCGAACCAGAUCAUGCAACAAACGACGAGAAGAAUUGCCGAUAGGUUUGAAACAGGAUUGAUUUUCAAAUACGACCAUUUUGAAUUUCCGGACAGCAGGGUGAUGGCCGAACGCAGGCUGCAGUGUCUAGAAAGACGAAUGGCCAGCGAUCCAGUUGUUGCUGAGAGUGUUCGGCGACAAAUGAAAGAAUACGUUGACAAGAACUACAUACACGAAGCGUCGAACGAAGAGUUACAAAGAGCAGACCCUAGGAAAACGUGGUAUUUACCCUUAGGUAUAGUAAUCAACCCAAAGAAGCCGUCCAAAAUCCGUAUAUUUUGCGAUGCCGCUGCUAAGGUGGACGGUAUUUCAUUGAACUCGGUGUUGAUGAAAGGGCCUGACCUUCUGAGCUCCUUGCCUCGAAUUCUCUUUGGAUUUCGCGAACGAGCGGUAGCCAUAUGUGCCGACAUCAAGGAGAUGUUCCACCAAGUGAGGAUACGACGAGAGGAUCGCGACUGCCAGAGGUUGUUGUGGCGGGAGAAUGCGCGGGAUCUGCCGAAAGUUUAUAUAAUGGAUGUUGCCACAUUUGGAUCCACGUGCUCGCCCUGCUCGGCUCAAUAUGUUAUGAGCCUCAACGCAACUGAACAUGAACGAGAAUAUCCCGAUGCGGCGGAGGCGAUCAGGACGCGCCACUAUAUGGACGAUUGGUUAGACAGCGCGGAUACGGUGGAACUGGCAGUUAAGCUGGCGCUGGAAGUAAAGUUAGUGCACUCAAAAGGAGGGUUUCAACUACACAAUUGGCUGUCAAAUUCCACGGAGUUCCUCAAACGGGUCGGCGCUUCCGACGGGAAGGAGGAAAAAAUGCUGAGUCUGGACUGCAACUCUAUGGAACGUGUCUUGGGGAUGUAUUGGAAACCUAAACUGGAUGUCUUCACUUACCGUACCUCGAUGCAAUUAGAACCAUUACGACCAACAAAACGGGAAGUGCUACGAACUGUUAUGUCCUUAUUUGACCCUUUAGGAUUGUUGUCAUUCUUCGUAGUGCAUGGAAAAAUUAUAAUCCAAGAUAUUUGGCGGGCAAAAACUGAUUGGGACGAGAAAAUCCCGAAAGAAAUCAACGAAAAAUGGCAGUUGUGGGCCAACUACUUUGCCAGACUGGGUGAUGUACGCAUUAACAGGAGCUAUUUUCCGAAUUGCACUACAGAUCAGCUGGAGGAAGUACAGCUGCAUAUUUUCUGCGACGCUAGCGAUAGCGCUUACGCAUGCGUGGCCUACAUGCGCGUCAAAAUCGGAGGAAGAGUUCAAUGCUCACUCGUUGCAGGUAAAGCCAAAGUGGCUCCCUUGAAAGUUUUAUCCAUCCCACGUUUAGAGUUGCAAGCAGCCGUUAUUGGAUCGCGUAUGCAAAACUCGAUUAUAGAAUCACAUCGUUUAAUCAUCAGCAAAACUACUUUCUGGAGUGACUCAAAAACGGUGCUCGCAUGGCUCAACUCAGAUCAGCGAAGGUACACAAAAUUUGUAGGUGUCCGGGUCGGCGAAAUACUUACUACGACACGUGCAGAGGAUUGGAGAUGGAUACCGUCCAAGCUGAAUGUAGCCGAUGACGCAACGAAGUGGGGUAAACAUCCAAAUUUCUCCCCAGAAAGUCGAUGGUUCAGAGGUCCGGAAUUUCUCUUGGAAAACGAAGAUGCGUGGCCGGCGGAUGCCGUAUCGGAAGUGGAUACUACUGAAGAAUUGCAGAAAUGUUUCGUACACAUUGAAGAAAAAGGAUUGCGAAUGGUUGAAUGGGAUUGUUCCUCUAAGUGGAUGCGGCUUUGGCGUGCCAUAGGACAAGUUUAUCGUUACUACAAUCAUCUACGCGUCAAGAGAACUGGAGAGGUACCAAGUGGUCCGCUAACACAAGACGAGCUUAUCAAAGCGGAAGCCACUAUAUUUCGAUGGAUUCAGCAGGAAGCGUAUCCGAGGGAACUUAAAGAGCUUGAGGCAGCGCAGUUAACGAAAACUAGAAGGGUUCAACUGCCAACUAGUAGCCAAUUGUUCAGAUUAUCGCCGUGUCUGGAUGCCCAUGGAGUAAUUCGUUUGGAAAGUCGCAUUGUAGCUGCAUCGUACGCGUCUUUCGAUGUAAGGUAUCCCAUAAUACUUCCGUCCAACCAUGCUGGAACAAGACUUCUCGUAGAUUGGUAUCACCGACGGUUUUUGCACAGCAACGCAGAAACGGUGGUAAACGAGAUUAGACAAAGAUUUCAUAUUUCGAAUCUGAGGUCAGUAGUGAAUAAGGUGGCGAAAACAUGUUCUCACUGUCGGGUGAAAAAGGCGAGGCCGGCUAUUCCGAGGAUGGCACCAUUGCCCGAAGCGAGAUUACAAGCGUAUUCAAGACCUUUCUCCUUUACAGGUCUAGAUUACUGUGGUCCGUUUUAUAUUAAAAUUGGACGAGCUCUCGUCAAGAGGUGGAUCGCACUAUUUACCUGUAUGACGAUACGGGCAGUACACCUAGAAGUCGUCCAUUCUCUCAAUACAGAAUCAUGCAAGAUGGCAAUAAGACGGUUUAUAGUGCAGAAAGGAUCGCCAAAAGAAAUUUACAGCGAUAAUGGGACAAAUUUUUUGGGCGCUAGCAACGAGCUGUCCCGAGAAAUAGACGCAGGAAACUUGGCCGAAUGUUUCACAAACACGGACACCAGAUGGAUCUUCAACCCUCCCUUAGCGCCACAUAUGGGCGGAGUAUGGGAGAGAAUGGUGCGCUCCGUCAAAGCAGCACUAAGCGCCAUGCAGAUGACAAAGAAUCCUGACGAAGAAACGUUUCGGACAAUAGUUAGAGAAGCCGAAGGAAUAGUGAACUCACGUCCUCUUACAUUUAUUCCGGUAGACCACGAACUCCAGGAAGCUUUGACGCCAAAUCACUUCUUGAUGUUAAGCUCAAAUGGCGUUACUCAGACCCCGAGAAGGUUAAUUGACGACAGAACUUCGCAUCGUAAUAACUGGAACCUUCUUAACCACGCCGUGGACCAGUUUUGGAAACGAUGGAUCCGGGAAUAUUUGCCAACGCUUACGAGAAGGACGAAGUGGUUCCAGGAUUCUAAGGAAAUAGCACCGGGAGAUCUUGUGAUUGUUGUUAAUGAGGCAGAACGAAAUGGGUGGAUCCGAGGAAAAGUAGUGAAAAAUUAAAACGGCUUUUAACUUUAGAUUCAACAAUAAAAUUUAUUAACCGAACGAGUUUGAUCACAAAGCUGGUGUUUAUUGGUUAUAGUAUCAAGAGCUAAAGGGUGAUACGGUCAAAAUUUGGUCAAUAUCAACUUGACGUAUUUCUUUCAAUUUUGCAUUUAAAAAACCUGAACACCCCUCAUUUUGAAGGUGGUUGUGUGUGUAGAAUGUUGCUCCUAUUUUGAUUUUGGAAUUCACUCUUCAAUUGUCAAAAUGCCGUCCUAUCAAAAUAUUGCUCGCGCAUCGCGAAAAUCUGAGCUACUCGCACGCAAAGCUGGCAAAAUCGCUAAAAGUUGCCAAAUCAACCGUUACAAAUGUAAUUAAAGUGUUUGGGGAACGUUUGUCGACAGCCAGGAAGUCUGGAUCGGGGGGAAAUCGAAAACCGGAAGCCGCUGAGACGACAAAGAAAGUUGCCGGUAGUUUCAAGCGAAACCCAAACUUCUCUCUCCGAGAUGCCGCAAAUAAGCUGGGUGUAUCUACAACCGUGCAUCGAGCCAAAAAACGAACCGGACUAUAGACUUACAAGAAGGUAGUGACUCCAAAUCGCGAUGAUAAACAAAAUACGACGGCCAAAGUGCGAUCCCGGAGGCUGUACAUGACUAUGCUUACGAAGUUAGACUGCGUGGUAAUGGAUGACGAAACCUACGUCAAAGCCGACUACAAGCAGCUUCCGGGAAAGGAGUUUUAUACGGCAAAAGGAAGGGAAAAGGUAGCAGAUAUUUUCAAGCACAUGAAACUGUCAAAGUUCGCGAAGAAAUAUCUGGUUUGGCAAGCCAUCUGUACCUGUGGCUUAAAAAGCAGCAUUUUCAUAGCUUACGGGACUGUCAACCAAGAAAUUUACGUGAAAGAGUGUUUGAAUAAACGUCUGCUGCCUUUCCUGAAGAAACACGAUUGUUCCGUACUGUUUUGGCCGGAUUUGGCAUCUUGCCAUUAAAUAGUUCAGUCAACAAAUGCCGAGUGGCAUCCUCAUUUUUUCAUAGCUGUUUCGAUUGUAGUGUGUGAUGUCGAUGUCUCUAGAGUCUUUUCUAGAUUUUAUUUUAGAGUAUGUCGGGUUACUACGAUUUAAUGUACUCGUCAAGAAUCUUCUCUAUUAUUUUCAAAAUCAUGGAUGUUGGACUCACCCUGAAGUACGUAACUAAGCAAUGUGUUAAUGUAAAGCUUCUGAGAAAAUAAACAGUUACAAUGAAAUGAAUAAACUUUAGAAUUCAAUAGCUUUGUAUGAAAAAUGAAAACUUUUCAUGAUUUUUUCCCCGGUUGCCCGGUUAGCUGGCAAUCCUAUGGGUUCCACGGUUAUACUCAUGAACGAAGCCACCUACAGCGGAGCAUCGUACCUCACCUCUCGACGACUCCACAAAAGUCGCUCAACCUGGACUCGCGCCUAUAACACCACAUGCUCAUAACUUUACGCAACGACUCGGAUAUUUUCCGAUCAAGGACGUCAUCCUUCUCGAAUCGAAUAUACUCCGCGGGUAUUCCCUGUCACUAAAAUAGUCCUUCCCCUACGAUGUCCACUGCGGGAAUGUUCCGAGUGUUAUCUCCAAAGUUUCAGCCAUAGGAAAAGACCCUACAAAGAUACCCCCUCGAAGAUAGAGUUAUCUUUCAUCCGCAUGCAGCGUACCCCUUAUAUGGUCAGUCUACUCCAAGCGUGGUACGGUCUUCUCGUUUUCUUGAACUCGAGAGCUUCUUCGGAUUCGGUAAUUUCAACCGAAUGAAUAAACGCAACGCAACGUAUCAUUUUGAGGGUGGACGAUUUUUGUUACCAAGACUGAUUAAGCUCUCAAAAUCUCAAUCUAGAUAUUCCAAUACAAAGCACAGUUUAGGGUCUUACCUCAUUUCGAGAGAUUGCUACCGGUUGUGAAGAAUGUUGAAUUAUCAUCAUGGUAGAACUAGCACCUGAAGGGUUUCUCUACUGGGUUAUUAAUUUAAUCAUUUUUUAAAUUACCUUUUAGGAUAAUUUACUUAGGUAGUUUAUAUUACGUUGAAUAUUUGUUACUUUUUACCAAAAUUUUACCUCAAUUUUAAAAAUUUCCUCAUUUUUCGUUCCAGAAUCCACCAUCGUCACCCACACCUUCACCCUUUUUGUGUCGCCAAAGAAGUUCUCGUAGCGGAAAUGAUGUUGAAACUGGGUCUCUGCUGGACCAGGCCAACCCAACUUCAGCGGGGGUGGCAGAUGCCGACGGUGACGGUUUGCCAAAGUUGACCGUCUGACGGCUUACGGCCAGUCUUGGUAAUAAUCGUCGUCUCACCGGUCGCCGUAAUCAUUUU